AUGGAAUUCAAUACAAAUCAAUCGACUAGACCUCCUACACAAGCGGAAAUAGAUGAAUUUGUAAAAAAUACAAAAAGUCACCCAGAUGUUGCUAGACAAUUCUUAGCUGAUUGUAAUAACUCAGUUGAAUGGGCUUGCUUAUUAUUUUUUCAAGUCUCUGAUGAGUUAUAUGAAGAGAAGGGUGUUGAUGUUCAAUCUGAAUGUCAAAAUAUAGCUUCUGUAAAUGAUGUACCAGCAUGUAAAAAAGCUAAGAUUGAAGAAAUUAAGGAUGAGGUAGAGAGCAAAUUAUUAGAUUUUGGUUUAAUAAGUUGGAAUGUCAAUGGAUUAUAUAAAGUUCAUUGUGAUGUUCGAAUGAAAGAACUUUCUCCUAGUAUGGCUAAAGUUGUGGAUAAAUAUUUAUCACCAAUCUAUAACAUUAUGUAUGAAAGAGGAGAUUACACAAUGUAUGAUAAAUAUUUCACAGCUGUUUGUGUAGUUAAUACAAUAAAAGUUAUGGGCAAUGAAUUUUUGCCUUUUAAAAAUUCAAAAAUGGAAAGAGGUUGCCAUCUGGUAAAAAUUGAUCUUUUGUCUAAAAAAAUAGCUUUAAUAAAUACUCAUUUGGAAAGUGGAAAAGAAUCGUCGGCUGUUAGGGUGGCUCAAAUGGAGUGGUGUGUCAAAAAGAUGGAAGAAUUAAAAAUAAGAGGGUAUGAUGUUAUAUUUGGUGGAGAUCUUAAUAUUCGUAAAGAAGAAUGUAGUCAAAUAGUCUCAGAAAAAUUAGAUUGUUUUGUAAAAUAUGGGAGACCAUCAAAAUAUAACUACACUUGGAGAGGUGAAGAGAUAUUUUCAAAAAAGUCUGAUCGUUCCUUUACUCCUAAAGCGAGAUUUGAUAGAAUUUAUCAUGAUGGAGGUUUUCUUAAUUUAUCAAAUUAUGAACAUAUUGGGUUUGAGUGGUUAAAAAAGCAAGAUUGUGCUUUAUCUGAUCAUCUGGGAAUUUUUACAAAUUUCCAAUUUGAACCGGUGACAGUUGAAGAGAAAGCACUUUAA